GGAGCCCCUUUCCGCUGUUACAUUUCUCUGCUGACAGCAGCCCCAAACCUGAUCGACUGAUCUCUUCGAAAAGCGUCUCGCUGCUCGCGGUUUUCUUCCAUUCUAUUGGGCUGCAGGCUUGCCACUACCUCACUGAGCUCAUUUCCUGCCAUCUGCAACUGGCCCUGUUGUGUUAAUAAGCAGAGGCGCUGCUCGGGCACCGACAGGAAGAGAAGGCAGGCCGGGGUGUUAAACUGCGCUGUCCUUUGCGAUUAAUAUGGAUUAUUACCCCAAUAGAAGAUUCCACGAUGCCUCAGAUUUCUGCAGUUUGUUUAGAUAAGGGAUGCCACAUAAAUAAUACAUUGUCUUCUGUUCCAAAAACAUGUGCUAUGCUGAACUGACGUGGUGUUCUGGUGUGCUUUAGGUCUGUCUGGCGCAUCUCUAGUCACUGACAAGAAGUUGUACCUGGGAAAACCUUCGUUUUCAGCUGAGCCUCCAAAAGCCUCCUUCCAGCUGCAGAUCAGUCCCUGUCCAGCCAUGUCCAUCAUGGACCACAGCCCCACCACUGGGGUGGUGACCGUCAUCGUGAUCCUCAUCGCCAUCGCUGCGCUGGGUGCUCUGAUCCUCGGCUGCUGGUGCUACCUGCGCCUGCAGCGCAGCGGCCAGUCCGAAGACGAGGAGAGCAUCGUGGGUGAAGGCGAGACGAAGGAGCCCUUUCUGCUGGUGCAGUACUCGGCCAGGGGCCCACGGGUGGAGAAGAAAACCAAGCUCACCCCCAAUGGCACCGAAAGUCACAGCUAACUCAACUCCUUCAGAAUGCCCUCGUCAAGACCGAAGCUCUUUCUUCUUCCAGGUCACACCAGUCCAAUCAAUCUAGGUCCAUCUGUGAAGAUGUGUACUGUGAACAAUAUUAAUAAGCUGGGGUUUUUGUCUGAGAUUCUGGCUUUCCCCCUUGUCCAGGAUGAAUUGACAUACUCUCGAGGCACACGGCGCCUCUCAGCUUUGAGUGAAGUUUUAAGCAAAUGCAUGCACUGAAUGUUUUUAUAAUUAACUUUUUUUAUUCAACUUUUGUCUAAUUUAAAUAUUUAGCUGAGCCUACCCUUAAAUGAAGCUAUAACUACUACAGUUAUCUCAUCCUGUUAUUUAACCUGUAAAUUACACAUACGCAUCAGUACUGACCAGAUGAAAGGCCGUGGAGACCUGCAGUGCAAAGUCACGCAUGUCCAGCUUCACCGUGAACGAUGUGCUUCAGAGAGCAGAAUGGAGCCAUGCAGAGUGUCACAAGGCCACACAGAGGAAGACUGGCACUCACUUCCCAAACAAUCUCAUACUUGUGGUUUGUGUAGCACAAUGUAGGCUUGGGGGUGCCUGUCUAAAUUGCACCUUGUUCAUUCAGGGCAUUUUCAUUUUUCAAAAGAAAUGUUUCUGAGAACAGUAUUUGAACAAGAUAAGUGUUUUCACUUAAGAAUAGCUGCUACCUUUUUGUGCGGUUCCAUACUUACUGCUAGGAUGCUGCCAGCAAAGUCUUGAACCAAUGAUGGAUUUUGAAGGUUUAAUUAUAACCUAAGAAAUCUGGAUGGUCCUCCCCAGUUUAUUUUGAUGGUGGCUGAGCAGUAUAACAAAGUAACUCUGAAACUGCAUUAACUGGAAAUGUAUAGUUUUAUAAUGUAAUUUCUCCUACUAUAAGAUGUGGAAAUAAACAGCACUUUGAUUUAUUGGAUUGUUUUACACAAUACUUUAACUCCUUUAAUUCCCAUUAUCCCAAUUCAACACCACAUUGUACAUGUUCUGUGGUCAUGUCCAUUUUUUUAGAUGAAGAAAAAAAAUGCAGAAAUAACUUUUUCACAUUACUAUGAAAUUACAAAUUCUGCUCUCAACAGGGCAGUUGAGGGCAAUGUGUCAAGCAAGGGAUGAAAAGUAAAGAAUGGCACAUCUUGUCAUUGAAUUCACCCACCCCAUGUGAGAAGCAUUCAGAUGACCCUGUAUGACUCCUGGCACGACACCAGCAAACACAUCUGGACAUUACUGCUGUGCUGUGUUAUGCCAGUAGGGCUGGUGGGAGCUCCAGGCGUGGUAGUGGUUGAGUUCAUGGUACAUCACUCACUGAAGUCUGCAUGACAAAUAUAUUGUUUUUAUGUUGGCAAUAACAUUUUUUCAGCUGAUUAAAUGUUGUAGCACCAAAGUUUGCUUUUAUGUGCGAUAUGUAACGUUUUACUGCAAGAAAGUUAUGUACAAUGUUGAUGUGAUCACUGGUAUCUGCUGUUUUCCUUGUACCUAGUACAACCUAAUAAAUUGUUUAGGAAUGCUUUCUAGUUGUUCCUGAAACAAAA